UCUGCAUGGGAUCUGUUCGAUUGAUGUUAGGAACUGAAAAAGCAAAUCUUGGAGCAUCAUCAGGAUGAAGUGGAAUGUGGAAAAAACAGUCCUUUAAAUCAAUGACGACGAGAGGCCAGUGUUUUGGGAUCAUUGGUAAAGAAGGGAGUCUAGGUUGAAGAGGUCCUAUGUCUUCGAUCACCUUAUUGAUUCUCCUCAGGUCAUGAAGCAAUUUCUAGGAGUCUGAUGUCUUCUUGUGGAUGACGAAGACUGGUGAAUUCCAGGGACUGUUUGUUGGGACAAUGUGAUUUUGCUGUAAUUGUUCUUUUACUAGUUUAUUAAGGAUAUUUAAUUUUUUCUUUGUUAGAGGCCAUUGAUCAAUCUAUAUAGGAUGAUCAGUUUUUCAGGUAAUCUUUAAAGUGGCAGGUUUCGAUAUGGUUGUCAUUAUAGGUCCACUUUCAGUUUUGUUCCCCAUUGGGACGGGACUUCUCUCCUGCAGAUGGUGAGAGGCUUCUGAAAAACAAAAGGAUGCACUAUUGCAGUCUUUCUUUCAGGACUUGUAAUAUUAAUCGUGGAUGCACUUUGCAGACACAUAGUAGCACCUCCAAUCGUGGUGAGGGAACCUGAAGGAUCUACCAAAUCUUAAUCAUUAGGCUAGAACAUGUGAGAAAUUACAGUGACAUCUGGCUUGUAACAUAAAUUGUUUUACCACAGUGAGUCAGGCUACAAGUCAAUUGAGGUCAGUUACGGUCUAAACAUUGCACCCAAAAGAUCUCUGGACUUGAGGUACUAGAAGGUACAGACACAAUGAAUUCUUUGGAAAGUUGUUUUGCUUGUGGGUAUUCAUAGGAAACAGAAAUGCAAUCGCAAUAGGUGUUUUUGGAGGAAUUACUAGAGGAACUUCAAGUGCAAGAGCUAAAAUCAUUAGCUCUUCAUUAGAGUUUACUGAGAGAACAGUAGGAAGAAUUGAGAGUUCAAGAAAUUUGUUAUUGAUUUUGCCUAGAAUUAAAAAAUCUUGUCUUUGCUGAAAAGGAUUGACAACUUCAGCAGGAAUGUUCACUUAGCAUAAAUUAUUUAAUAGAGGAAUUAGUUUUGAGGAGGCCAAUUUGAGCCUUGCGCUUGACGAUUUUGAGCUGGAACUGUUGCCAGGAUUUUUAGUGAAAAAGCCUCUGCUAGGAUUUUUCCUGUCCUGAGGAGCUGAGGGCCUCAGGAAAGAAAUGUAAACAAUAACUAUCUGCUGCUGUGGAGUGCCACAGGUGAAUCUUCCAUUGGUCCAUGUGGAUUGUUUUCAAUCAGUGACCAAUCACAGCCACCUGUGCCAAGGCUGUGAGCAGUCACAGGAUUUUUGUUAUUCAUUCCUAUUCUAUUCUUGUCUUUGUAGCCUUCUGAUCUUUUCCUCUCUGUUCUUUUUAGUAUAGUUGUAAUGUAGUAUUUUAGUAUAAUAUAUAUCAUAAUAAAUCAGCCUUCUGAUGGAAAAUGGAGUCAAGCCUCGUGUCCUCGCACCAGGGGUCCAAGUUUAAACAAUAAUUGGUGACCCCUGGACGUGUGAAACUGAUGGUCACCCCAAGAGUGACCACGGAGUCCAGCCUGGAGCUGAAGAAACGAGACCCUGAAGAUGGGCAGAGUUCACAGCCAAGGCAAACAGGAGAACCUGUUGGACUUUCCUGGAGAUUGUGUCCAGAGACCGCAGAGCAGCAGAGCUGCACAGCUGGAUCCACAAGGACACUGUCUAAAGAUCUGCCUUCCCCGCCCCGCUCCUUCUCUUGCGGGGGAUGGGGAGCCGAGCCCGCCGCUUUCCGGACCGGCCCCGCCCGCUUCGCCGCGGAAUUCUCCGCUCCCCCCACCCCGGGAGGGGGCGGAUCCGACUACGCCUCGGCCAGCCCCGCGGGAGGCGUCGGACCCCGCGGCUCCGCCUCAGCCAGCCCCGCCCGCGGCCCCGCAGCCUCUUGGAGCAGCUCCGCCGGCUCUGAUGACUGCGCCUGCGCCGCGGCAACCGGAACCGCCUCCCGCCGAUCCGCCCGUGUUGCCAGGCAACGCGAUCAACAACAGUGAUUCCCCGGCUGUGCUGCUGUCCCCGGAAGCUGCAGGAGCUGCCUCCGUGUCUUCUUCUUUUUCUGCAUCCCAGCCGGCAACGGAAUUCGCAACGGUGCAGGCGGUGCCUGCGCGGGCCGACCCCGUUCCGAGCCCGCCGCCCCUGCCUGUCCCGCCGCUCCCUGCCGAUCCGAUUGCAGUGCAAGAGCUUGCCGAGAAUGGUGCUGAGCCCACGGGAUCGUCUCAAGAGUCGACACCAGCGCCCGUGCUGCCCGCACCACCCACCCCAGUUGUCCCGCAGGUUUCCGAAGCUCUGUCAGUCGCAUCAGACCCUGCGAAGAGCCUGUCCUUCCGUGGAGGAGGCGUGGCCCUCCAGCUGACUGCAGGAGCAGUUCGGCUGGCUGUGUUCAAAAUCAGUGUGGUUUCUGGGUCGUUUCGUGUGUGGUCGGGGGCUUCUCCCUGGGGGUUGGGGUGCCUGCCUUUCCCCGAGCGCCCCAGCGGCGUGGGGGAGUUGGCUCCUGUGGCAUCUGCCUCUGGUUCCCAGCCCAGUGGGGAUGGGGGUGGUGCCGAGGGGCAGAAUGCAGGAGCAGUGGCAUUUGCCUUGCAGGAGCAAGAGAAACAGAGCAAAGCAAGCAUUGCUCGCUUGCUCUGGGAACAAGAAACCCUCAGAUCUGGGAUGACAAUUCCUGAGAAAGCUUCUCUUCCUGAGCUGCCGGUGUGCACCGGUGCUGCUGGGGGGAAGAAGCAUUGGGUCAUUUCUGCUCUCAAGACAUUGGCAGCAUGGUCCUGCCAGGUUCUGAGCACACAGAGCCCGCCUCACAGGCUGGUUCUGGGCCGUUUGGCUCAUUUCUCUGGGCCGGGGCCACUGCCCGUCCAGUGUUGGGUUUGGGGACUUUGCUUUCCCCACAGGGACCUGGGCCACCAUUCUGUGAGCCAGGUCUGGGUUCUCUGGUCCGUCCACCAGGACCAGGGCCACCCAAGGGUCCUAGAGACCCUCUGCUGCUGCUGUUGCUCUUCUUCUUUCAAAAAAAAAAAAAAAAAAAAAAAAAAAUUAUAAAGAAAA